UCCAUGAUGUUGUUAAGAAUGCUAGUAGAGCUGACAGCUGGGUUUAAAGGAUUUCAGCUGAUUAGAUCUUCUUAUUACAUGAUUGCAGAUGCUUACGUACUUCGAAGCAAUGUGAUUAUGAUCCUGUGUUAAGUUUUCGAUAUCAAUUUACUAUUCACAGUGUCUCCAAUGCCUGAAUAUGGCUGGAGCUAAAUCAGGCGUGCACGUCGUUCAAUUAAAACCCAUAUCAGUACCCAAAGCUUUAGUGGAGGGAAACAAGUUUAUUAAAUGGGAUGAUGAUUCGACAGUUGGAACGCCUGUCACGCUUAAGGUGGACGAGAAAGGAUUUUUUCUGUAUUGGACAGAUCAAAACAAAGAAACUGAAUUCCUAGAGGUAUCGUGCAUGAGAGAUGUCAGAACUGGCAGAUACUCUCGUGUGCCGAAGGAAGGGAAAUUGCGAGACUCUGUUACAAUGGGGCCACCUGAUGUACUCUUGGAAGAUAAAACUAUUACUGUUGUGUAUGGACCUGACCUAGUCAACAUUAGUUUUCUAAAUUUCUGCUGUAUUGGGAAAGAAAUUGCUCAAGAUUGGACAGAUGCUCUCAUGAAGAUGGCAUAUAAUUUACUUGCUCUGAAUGCUCCUGCAACAACUUUUUUAGAGAAGCUGUACACUAAGAUAAGACUUAUGGUAGACAGAGAUGGAAAAGUUCCUGUAAAAAAUGUUGUUAAACUAUUUGCUCAAAAUAAAGAAGAUAAGAAAAGAGUGGAAAAAGCUUUAGAACUUUGUGGUGUGGCUACUGGAAAGAAUGAUACCAUAAACCCUGAAAAAUUUUCAUUUGAAAUCUUCCAAAAUUUCUAUCGUUAUUUAACUGGAAGAGAAGAAGUUGAUGUCAUAUUUGAACGGCUGACGGGUAGUAGAAAGAAAGGCAUGACAGUCGAUCAAAUGGUGGAAUUUCUAAACAAAGAACAGAGAGAUCCUCGCCUAAAUGAAAUUCUUUAUCCAUAUGCUGAUCCUGGACGUGUUCGAGACCUCAUCGCUGCACAUGAACCACACAAGAGCUAUGCACAGAAAGGUUUAUUAUCAGUGGAUGGUUUUUUACGGUACCUUAUGGGUUCUGACAAUGUAAUUGUUGCACCUGAAAAAUUUGACUUGAAUCUGGACAUGGACCAACCACUGAGUCAUUAUUUCAUCAAUUCAUCUCAUAACACUUAUCUCACAGGCCACCAGCUUACUGGUAAGUCUUCCGUUGAAAUUUAUCGCCAAUGUCUUCUUUCUGGUUGUCGCUGUGUGGAACUGGACUGCUGGAAUGGAAAGUAUUCUGAUGAAGAACCUAUUAUCACUCACGGGUAUACAGUGGUGACAGAAGUCCUACUGAAAGAAGUGCUUGAAGCUAUUGCAGAAAGUGCUUUUAAAACUUCAGAUUAUCCUGUUCUGUUGUCAUUUGAAAAUCAUUGUUCGCCUAAACAGCAAGCAAAAAUGGCCAAUUACUGUACAAAAAUUUUGGGUGACUUACUAUUAACAGAACCACUACCUAAUUAUGAACUAAAGCCUGAGACACCACUGCCAUCACCUAACCAGCUGAUGAGAAAGAUUUUAAUAAAAAAUAAGAAAAAGCAUUAUCCUAAAAGUGUGUCCUCUGCCAAAUCCACCACUGCCAUUGAGAAAGAGGAGGAGCCUUCUGUCCAACCCUCCAGUACUCCUGAAAAGAUUAAGCUGACUCCCUCCACAAGUGAUGAGCCGAGGAGCUCUUCUAAGACAGGGCCCUUAACGAAUGGUGGGCCUGAAAUGGAGAGGGUUCCCUCUGAAAUGGAUGAGUCUGGCUCUGACUCUGGGUCUGAUGAAGAAGAGCAAGUUGAUGCGGAAGUGACUUGUGAUCAGAAUGAAGGAACUGCAGCUAAGGAAUCUGAAGCUGGAGCUGAAAUGUCUGCGCUUGUUCUGUAUACACAACCUGUUCGUUUUCAUUCCUUUGAACAUGCAGAGAAACGCAACAGAUGUUUUGAAAUUUCUUCCUUUGUUGAAACCCAAGCCACAAAUCUCCUGAAAGAGCAUCCCGUGGAAUUUGUAGACUAUAAUAAGAGACAGCUCAGUCGUAUAUACCCUAAGGGCACACGUGUAGAUUCAAGUAAUUACAUGCCUCAGGUAUUUUGGAAUGCUGGAUGUCAACUUGUGGCCUUAAACUUUCAAACCUUAGACUUGGGGAUGCAGCUGAAUAUGGGAAUUUUUGAAUACAAUGGAAGAAGUGGCUAUCUAUUGAAGCCUCAUUUUAUGAGAAGGAAAGACAAGAAGUUUGAUCCUUUUACAGAAUCCACUGUUGACGGGAUCAUAGCUGGAACAGUAUCUAUAAAGAUCAUUUCAGGUCAGCUGCUAACAGAUAAGAGAGUGGGUACAUAUGUGGAGGUGGACAUGUAUGGUUUGCCAGCCGAUACUGUACGUCGGAGAUUUCGAACCAAGACAGUGCCUAAUAAUGGAAUAAACCCUAUGUAUGAUGAAGAGCCUUUUGUUUUUAAAAAAGUGGUUUUACCUGAUUUAGCCUGCCUGAGGAUCACAGCUUAUGAGGAAAGUGGAAAAUUUAUUGGUCACCGAGUGUUGCCAGUUGUAGGGCUGAGGCCUGGUUAUCGCCAUAUAUCCCUUCGUAACGAAUCUGGUCAACCUCUUCAGUUUCAUAUGCUUUUUGUACAGAUCACAGUGAAGGAUUAUGUUCCAGAUGGAUUUUCUGAAUUAGCUGAUGCCUUAGCAAAUCCAAUAGCUUAUCAGUCCAUAAUGGAGAAGCAUGCACGCCAGCUGAUGGCUCUAACAGAUGAUGAUGAUAACUUGGAGGAUGAGAAGGAGUCUGGGCGAUCUCCCGCAAAGCUGAGUGUCUGUUCCGAUUCUGGACGUCAGAGUGCCAGCAAGGAGGACAAGUCAGAUUCCAGAGGAUCUUCCAGACACAACACUGUGAAUGGCAACAUUCAGAGGAUGACUUCCGGGAGCACUUCUCCUGCAGCGAUGCCUGCUCUCAAGCGUCAAGAAACACUAAGAAGAGGGCUUGCUCAAUCUGUAAGAAGUCUAUCAGAUGAAAAUGCACAAGAAAAAAUUCCUUCACUUUUAGAAUCAGAAGAAGCCAACAUUACAGCUGAGCCUUUGGAAAAAAUCAGAGAGCACAAGUCAGUUCUAAAAGUUAUGGCAAAACUGGAAAAAGAGCUUCAAGCGGUCAGGAAAAAGCAUGAUAAGAUGAAAGAAAAGGAACGAGACCUACUGCUGCAGAAAGAGGAAAAGUUGAGCAAAGCGCAGGAGCACCAAAAGACGCACAUAGUCAAAAACCACUCCAAACUAGUGAAGAAAGGCUCAGGAAUAGAUGUACAGCUAUUGAAAAGGAAAAGUGAAGCAGGUCUUCAGGCAAUGAGUGUUGAUCACCAAACAAAGCUUGAAGAGCUACAAAAAAUCCACUCGCAAGCACUGAUGAGCAUAACAAGGGAAUUGUAUAAGGCGGAACUUGAAAUCUAUGAGAGAUAUCAAGAACCGUUGUUUAGUGCAAUGGAGAAAUCUUUGCUGGCUUCACAAGCUGCUCAGAUGGAAUAUUUGAAGAGCUUGCAUGAUAGAGAAGUUGCUGAAUUGAUGAAGAGACUUGAAGUUCAGAAUAAGGAAGAAAUGAAAGACCUCAGCAAAAAACACAAAGAUAAAAAUGAGUUAGCCAGAAUCAAAAGAGAAUCCCACCAAAGGCUGAUAGAACAAGCUGUUGCUGAAAGGCAACGUUUCAGUAGCUUGUUGGAUAAAAGGAAAAGUGAACUGGAACGCCAACAUCUAGAAGUGAAAAAGCAACUAGAAGAAGAAAGGAGUUCAGCUCGUGAGAAGCUCCAACAAGACUUUCAGUCCAAGAUUUCCAGAUUGCUGCUCACUGUUGAGGGCUCUUCAUCUGGCCCCAGCCCUACAUCAGAGACAGUUGAGAGGACACCCUUAUGAAACUUCUUAACAGGCAGCAGAGGAGGAGUCAGUAUUAGUGAAUAAGAAACUGAGCUCUCCUGCCUUGUGCUAUUGCCGCAGCACUACGAUGUCAGUCCAUCCGUCAGAGGUCCACUGGAUAUGUGUGAUACAUUUGCCAUCAGCACAGAACCAGGUGACCAGCACAACCACACUUUGUUCAUUUCUGAUGACACGACUCCUCAGUAUUUGGUGUUGCUCCUUUCCAAUGGUUGUGGUUUUUUUCUUUCUUUCCUUCAAAUUAUUAUUAUUAUUUUUUUUUUUU